GAAUUCUCUCCGUGCUUCCUGGAUACAGUGUUGGUUUGGGGUGCAUGCGCCUACCUGUGGAUUAUGUCACCGUUCUUCGUGCUUUACAUGUUCAAAGACCGGAAGUAUACACCACUACCAGUAUCAAAACUACACCUGUCGAAAGCGUUGUUGACAUUUAUCCUGUCCUGUAUGGUUGUGGUGCAGUUGUUUUUCCAAGAACAUUACGGGUAUGCAUGCGACGGGAAUUAUCGUGUACCGCCGUCUGCAUACACCGCCGCUGCCGUCAAGUUUGCCACCUUCAUCCUGAGUUUCUUAGUCCAGCAAAUCCAGCGACGUAAAGGUUUGAAGACUUCCGCCAUUCCAUUCACCUUCUGGCUUGUGCUUCUUCUCUGUGAGGUGGCGCCUUUGUACACGCAUGCGCAAAGAACGGAGUCGUGCGGCGAGGCGAUAGUGUUCGACGUAUACUUUGGUCUGAUUGGUCUGCAGUGGAUUCUGCACUGCUUCGCUGAGCAGCAUCCAAGGCACGGCUACAACGAGCUCGGACACGAGGUGGGUCACAUGUGCUCACGAUACCAAUUCUCCUCUUUCUCGUUCGGUAGAAGACCCAUCUCCAAUGGUGCCAUUGACCUAAUUAGUGAAGCAAAUAGUGAACUCACCAACAGUCUCAAUGAACGAGCAGGAGAUAACGGGAUGGACAUGACGAUGAUCGGCGAGAAGCUGGAAGAAGUGACCUGCUUAAAACACACGGCAGCAAUCCUGUCCAAGGAUGGUACCAGUACCGCUGAAGGCCGAAUAAGAAUUACCGUGACGAAGAACGCUCCCACGAACGUGUGUCCCGACGAGAAUGCCUCUGUACUCAACCGUAUUCUCUUCAACUGGCUCACACCUGUCGUGUGGCGUUGCUACCGCGGUCGGUUUCAGCCAGCUCUGUUCUGGAACCAGACCACGCGCCUGCGCAGUGAGCACUUGGGAGCUCUUUUGGAAGAGGCGUGGAAGAACGAGGAGCAGAGAUGCUACGUGCGCAGUGCGGUCAAGCAGAGGUUCACACGAACCUACUAUCAGAGUAACGGAAGUGCUGACGUCGUCAAUGGAUACGGAAAGUUUCACCGGAAGUCGCAAGACGACGUGGAGAGCACCCCUUUGAUUGAGAGUGGCAGGUUUGUAGUGAACCUGCCACAGGUCAAAGAUGACGACCUACCGACACCGAGCCUCUACCGGGCCCUCGCUCGCUCCUUCUGGCCUUUAUGCGUGGAAGCUACUGCCUACUUGGCCAUUGGUGAGGUCACGUGGCUUGUACAGCCACUCUUUCUCAGGUUUAUCAUUCAAAUUAUCGAGAACAAGGAAAAUAGCAUUGCCCCGGAGUGGCAGGGUUACUUGUUUACGGCGUUGCUGUUCCUGGUACUCAGCUUUAGUUCGUUCAUGUUCCAUGUGGGUAUACAUCACAUGACCCAGGUGGGACUACGGCUCAAGACGGCCCUCAUCUCACUUAUCUACAAGAAGGCUCUGACAAUGAAUAAGGCCGGCAUGAAGGCGGGCACAGUGGGCGAGGUGGUGAACCUGAUGUCUGUCGACUGCCAGCGUAUUCAGGACAGCGUCACCUUCUCCUUCUACGUCGUAGUCGCCACUCUCAUGCUCGUCGUUGCUUUCGCGCAGCUCUGGGACCUCAUGGGGGUGGCCAGUCUCGGUGGUCUGGCGGUCAUUCUGGUCCUCAUUCCAACGGUUGGUUUUAUAGCAACCAAGCAGUUUGCGCUGCAGAAACAGCUUCUGAAACUAAAGGGGGAGAGAAUCAAGAUACUCAACGAAGUUUUGUGUGGAAUAAAGGUGCUGAAAAUGUACGCAUGGGAGCCGUCAUUCAUGCAGAAGAUACGUCAAAUCCGUUCGAAGGAGAUCCAAUGCCUCUGGAAGUACGCCACCCUGGCCGCCACCAACGUCGUGUUCGCGAUACACAGCCCUUUCAUGAUCAAUUUCGUGCUCGUGCUGAUCUACGUUGUGACGUCUCCGUACCACUCUCUGAGCGCCGAGGAGGCUUUCACCGCGCUGUCCAUCGUGAACAUUCUAAGAUACCCUAUAGCCCUUACACCGUUCGUGGUUAAUGGAGCUGUGCAGGCUUACGUGUCGGUGGGACGGAUUCAAGAGUUCAUGCGGACGAAAGAUUUGAACAAGGACAACGUCACAAUCGAGCAGAAGUCAGAGUACCCUGUGCGAAUUUCUCAAGGCGACUUUACUUGGAACCGCGAAAUGGAUCGAAUAGUUCUUAGAAAGAUCGACCUGCAUGUGAAACAGGGGGAACUGGUCGCCGUCGUCGGCCCCGUUGGCUGCGGUAAGUCGUCGUUGAUCUCCGCCUGUCUCGGAGAGAUGGAGAAGCUGGCUGGAGAAGUUGUGCUCAGUGGCAAGCUUGCGUAUGUACCCCAAGAGGCGUGGAUUCAGAACAUGACAUUGAAAGACAACAUCCUGUUUGGCAAGGCUUAUCAGGAGAAGAAGUACAAGAAAGUGCUCGACUCAUGCGCACUGCUGCCGGAUCUAAAGAUUCUUUCUGGAGGCGAUAUGACCGAAAUCGGAGAAAAGGGUAUCAAUAUCAGCGGGGGACAAAAACAGCGCGUGAGUCUGGCGCGUGCCGUAUACCAGAACGCAGACGUGUACUUUCUGGACGACCCUCUCAGUGCAGUAGAUACUCACGUGGGCAAACAUCUGUUCAAAAAAGUUAUCGGCAACGAGGGCCUACUGAAACACAAGACUCGCGUCCUGGUGACUCAUGGUGUACACUGGCUGCCAAUGGUUGACCGGAUAGUAGUGAUGGUGGACGGAACUAUCACUGAGACCGGCACUUACGAGGAGCUGGUGAGCCACGACGGCGCCUUUGCCCAGUUCCUACGACAUUACAUGCUCGAGGAGGAGGAGGGAGAGGAGGAAGACCAAGAGGUUCAGCUACUCAAGACGGCCAUCCGCUCAAAGAUCGACGAAGGACGAUCCGACGGUGGGCUUACGUCAGAAGAUGACGUACUUACUGCACUUACUCAAAGAAGAACCAGCAGGCACUUUUCUGGCGGAGGCGACCGCAGCAACCUCCGGACGGUAGGAAGCGGCGCAGGUCGGGCCCUACUGACACGCCACAAGAGCAUCAGCCUGUUGUCUAAGGACCUCAGCAGGCUGACCGAGGACGAAGCAUUUGAGCAGGGCAGUAUUAAAGCCGGUGUGUUGAUCACUUACAUGAAGGCGAUGGGUCCCUGCGCUGUGUUCGUUGUCUUUUUCUCCAUGGGCGUCUUCCAGGGCCUAAACAUCUUCUCCAACUUCUGGCUGACAUACUGGACAGAGGACGACCUACUGCGCAACACGAGCCGCGCAGACGAACCGGAAUUCCGGGACAGAUAUCUGUAUUACCUUCUUAUGUACCUCCUCUACGGUGUCUUACAGGGCAUAUUCGUGUUCUUGUCGUUCUACAUGGCACUAACGCGGAUGGUGCGGGCUUCCGGUACGCUUCAUGACGCCAUGUUGAAGAGCAUUCUGCACGCGCCUAUGGCCUUCUUCGAUACCACGCCUAUCGGCAGAAUGAUGAACAGGUUCUCCAGCGACAUUGACAUCAUGGAUAACAGGCUGCCCGAGAGUUACCGAGUAUGGGUACUCAUGGUGUUCAUAACAAUGGCCGUCCUCAUCGUCAUUGCCGUCAUCACACCAAUAUUCAUGGCUGCCAUAGUGCCCAUUGCAAUUUUCUAUGUGUUCUGUGUGAAAUUCUAUCUGCCUACCGCUCGCGCCAUGAGGCGUACGGAGUCGAUUCGCCGGUCCCCGAUUUACAACCACUUCAGCGAGACCAUCACGGGAGCCAGCGUCAUUCGUGCGUACAGGUGCACGGAUAGGUUCAUACAGGAGUCCCGGAAACGGGUCGACGAGAAUAUGAAGUUCUUCUACGCAUCUAAUACCGGUUCAAGAUGGAUCGGCAUACGUCUCGAGCUCAUAGGCAAUCUGAUUGCUGUACUAGCUACUGUAUUUGGGCUGAUAUCGGACGGACUGAGCGGGGCCAAAGUCGGUUUAUCCGUCACCUACGCCGUCCAGAUCACGAUCACUUUAAAUCUCGUGGUGUUUGCGAUCAGCGAAAUGGAGAUGAACAUUGUAUCGGCGGAGAGAGUCACCGAGUACACCAGGCUUCCUUCAGAGGCCGGGUGGGUGCUUGAGCGUUCUAAGCCUCCUGUGGGGUGGCCGGGCGCCGGCGUUAUCGAGUUCCGGGAAUUCCUGACGCGCUACCGGGAGGGCCUGGACCUGGUUCUGCGCGGCAUCAACUGUACUAUCAAAGACGGGGAAAAGGUGGGUAUCGUCGGUCGGACAGGGGCAGGUAAAUCCUCGCUUACGCUAAGCCUCUUCCGGUUGAUAGAGGCGGCAGGGGGCGCUAUAUACAUCGACGGGGUGAACAUCGCCAACCUUGGGCUCCACGAUCUUAGGACCAGGCUGACGAUACUACCCCAGGACCCUGUGCUGUUUUCCGGCUCCUUGCGUAGCAACCUCGAUCCGUUUGGCCGGUACGACGAGGACAGUAUUUGGUAUGCGCUGGAGUGUGCUCACCUGAAGGACUUUGUGAGGGGACUGGAGGAUGGACUGGAGUAUGAGUGCGGAGAGGGGGGCAUGAAUCUCAGCGUGGGUCAACGUCAGCUCGUGUGCCUGGCCCGGACGCUGCUCCACAAAACCCGCAUUCUUAUCCUAGAUGAAGCGACAGCGGCCGUCGACAUGGAAACGGAUGACCUUAUUCAAGACACCAUUCGUACGCAGUUCAAAGAGUGCACAAUAAUCACCGUGGCGCACCGCCUUAACACGAUAAUGGAUUACGACAGGGUAAUGGUCCUUGACGCCGGCUUGAUCAAGGAGUUUGAUAACCCUCGCGCAUUAUUGGCGGACACCAACGGCGUCUUUUACGGGAUGGCUAGGGACGCUAAGCUCGUAUGAUGACGUCAUCGACAUCAGCGAGACAGGUCUUGGAAGCAACCGUCGGUGAUGCCGUCAUUUAUCGAAGUCGUUGACUGAUUGUGACUGUACUGUUACAAUUGCUGUUUUGAGGGUCUUAGAUAUAAUUUCAUAAUACAUCACCUUAUGACAUGUGAAUUAAGAUGGAUGUCAUCAGAUACAUCUUUCAUCAACCGAUUUAUCACUGUCUUUUAUCGGAACUUUUUAAGCUUGUUGAUUUGAUUGGAUUUUUUUUUACCGAUUAUCAUCCUUUACUUGAUAUAUAUUUUAACAAAUUUGUGGCUGUUUCAUUAUCAUUUUAAAAAUUAAAAUUACGUUAAAACACACGAAUAUCGUCUCAAGGUAAGGUAAAAAAAGAGGAGCUAUGAAGCAAUGGUCUAAACGUAAGAAGAACUCUGAAUGUAAGAAAACAUUAACAUAAUAUUUACUCAAAACAAAGCCGCCUUCGUAAGAAGAGGUUGCCUGUGAUUUUUUCUUCGAAGCAUUUAAGCUUAAACCACUGUUUUUGAACAGCAUUAACAAAAGCUGUUCCAUAAAAUAAAACGGAAAAGCAUGAUUAUUAUUUUCGAAGUUGUUAUGCAGUAUUGAUGAGAAAGUGUUGUGUAGAACCGAUCCAGUGUAGAUCAAUGUGGCCUCAAGCAAUGUACGCCUAUGUAUAACAAACAUAACUUAACAUUUUAUUAAAUAAACAGAU